CACGCGAUUCACUUCCGGGUUGCAGACGACAGAUUGGGAGGUUGACCGUGUUGUGGUUGUUUUGGCCAGUUUUACAGCUUUGUAAGGAAUGGCAGACAGAUCAAUGGGACCUUCGAGAAGAAAAGAAAGAAGUGAUGAAAAGUCUAAACUGAAGAACACCAAAGAGACACCAGAGGACAUCUGCCAUCUCAGACCCGACCUGGGCCCAAGUGACCUGUCACUACAAGUAGAGGACCAAGUCUUCCCUGUUCACAAGUCCAUACUAGCGGAAAAGUGUGACUACUUCCAGGCUAUGUUUGCCUCCGGGAUGAGAGAAACCACACAGGACACCAUCACACUCCAGGGAAUUUCCGCUGCUACUUUCCAGACUCUUCUGACUUUCCUGUACACUGCGGACAUGGACGUUUCUGGUGAUGUGAUCCAAGAAGUCAUUUCAGCUGCAAGCUUUCUGCAGAUAUCUCUCAUCACUGAUUUCAUCAAAAGUAGCCUGACAAUCCACACCUGUAUUGAUGUGUUGGCAGCUUCAAGCACAUAUGGGCCAGCAAGUCUGUACGAUGCCACAAUACAGUUCAUGACUGACAACUACUUAGAACUAAUGCAAGCAGGAGUAUGUGAUAGACUUACACCUGAACAGAUAGAAUAUAUCAAAGAAAGCCGUAACAAAGGACUCAGCAGAGUAGCCAUUCUUGUUAGGGAUGAAAUCUUGCGAACUGUUGAAUACCUUGACGAGAGCUCGGGGAAAAUGGGAGUGUUAUGUGAGCUGCCAAGUGAAACCAGAGUACACAAUGCUGGUAUAACUGUCAUGGAUAACUAUCUGUUUGUAGUUGGAGGGAACAACCCCUGGUUUGGGGCCCAGUGUCGAGCCUUCUGCUACAAUGUUCUGACUGGUGAGUGGAGACAGAUCGACUCGUUGAUCCAGCGACGACACUCGUUCAGCCUCCAGGCAGUGGAGGGUAAACUGUACGCCACUGGUGGGCUGGACCCGGCUUGUCUCAGGACAGUGGAGAUGUAUGAUCCUAGAACAGACUGUUGGUCAGUCGUCUCUCCACUUCCUCUGGCCAUUACAUACUUUGCAGGUACGGUAUGUCUGGAUGAAAUUUACAUUGCCGGAGGGCAGAGCAAAUCAGGGCGCAAUCCCAAGAUGCUCUGCUAUAGCCCUGCCUUGGAUGACUGGAGAGAGGUGACAUCAUUAUGCGACCCCCGUCCCAGUAUCGGCCUCAAGAUGGUGGCCAUCGGUACCAAAAUCUACACCAUCUGGGUGCACAACUUCGACUGUUACGAUAUCGUGACUGACCAAUGGACGGAAAUGUGUCUUGGUUACUAUAGCGAUGGUAUAGGAUUGCUUUGUAGAGGGGCCACGGUAUUGGACAGCUGUAUCUACUGCGUGUUGCGGACAUCGUCUGCAGAGUCAUACCUGCACCAGUACAGCGAGGAAGUGGACUGUCGGAAGAAGAAGUCUAGUAGACCGCUGCCUAUCACUACAGGGUGUCAGAUAGAGGAGGCUUUUGUGUUACAUGUUCAAACAUGAUGUCAGUUACUACAUAUACCUCCAUUUUGCCAGCCAAUGCCAGGUCUGAAUAGAUUUUGAAGUUGGGCCAUCUCUAAGGUAGAAGGAUUGUAAAGCUAGAAUUACAGCUUUCUUUUAUACUUAACCAAUCUUAUUCAAUUUAGAGAGAUAUGUUGUGCCAUAUUUAAAAACAAAUUGCGUGUGUCAAAUCUUAGAGGACUAUGAAAAAUUGAUAC